AUGGCAACCGUUGGCAGCCAAGCUGUUACCUCGUUCCACGGGGCCGCGGCGGCCUUCGCCCAUCCCCUCACUCACGACGUCAGCAUCAUGAGAUCCAACGCGGCGCUGGGCGACGCGCUGGCGACAGCGGAGCAAGCCAUCGCAGGCCUCGCCCAGGUCGUCGACGUCGUCAAGCGUCGCCACUCGGCGCCGUCGCAAUUUCAUUCACUCGCUGCCCCGCCGUCGCAGUUCCAUUUUUAUCAGCCGCUGCCAUUCCAAGCCAGCUAUGUCCCGUGCGCGGCGCCUCUUCCCGCAUCUGCCGGCGCAUCUCCCGCGUCCUCCUCCGUCUCCCAGCAUUCCGCCGGCCCCCGCCCAUGUGUCGCCAUUCUGCGCUCGAGCGCCGUUUCCGGCUCCAAGCGCAGCGCGGCGGCGCUCGCGACCACCUCGAGACCCGCGCCGCCGCGUGCAAAGCGGGCAAAGCGCGCCAAGCGCUCCGCAACCCCUGAAUCUGCUCCGCCCUCGCUCGUCCCGUCCAGCGGCUCCGACUGCGAGUCGGAGACAAGCGGCUCGUCGACAUCGCCGAAAACUGAAGCUCCCGUCGUAGGAGCCGUCGCAGAAGCAGUCGCAGGGCCCGUCGCAUACAAGGGCGUGCGACAGCGCAAGUGGGGCAAGUGGGUGUCGGAGAUCCGCGAGCCCAACAAGCGCACGCGCAUCUGGCUGGGGUCGUUCGACUCGGCGGAAGACGCUGCGCGCGCCUACGACGUGGCCGCUCGCCUGCUGCGCGGAUCACAGGCUGCGCUCAACUUCCCCGGAGAUCAAUCCCACUCCGUUCCGCUUCCGUCCGCGACGGCGGAGGCGCUUCUGAAGGCGAGCCGCGAGGCGGCAAAGACGUUCGAUACGACCGACGUUGCUGAUGUGCUGGAGAAGUCGCUUCUUGCUACUAACGGAGCUCUUCUUGGCGCGGAUAUCACGAUUCAGCUCCCGCAAGCUGGGCCCGCGGAGACAGCUGCGACAGAUGCAGCUGUAGCAGCAGCGGACGGCGCAGCUGCAGCUGAGUUACCUUCGACAUCUGAUUUGACCACUAACAGCGUUUUCGACGAUGUUCCCGCGGAUUCAAUCUCCGCCGUUGAUGCCCUCUCCUCGCCUGUUCGCAGCGCCAGUGAAGUCAGCAUUGCCUGCAGCGAGAGUGACAGCAUCGAGUCGCUUCUGACGGAUCUGGAGGAGCAGCACGGCGCUGAGCUGGCGCUGACGGAGGCUGAGCUGUCGGGGAGCCUGUUCCAGGGUGUCAUGGAAGAUUUUGACCUGGCAGCUGCAUGUGGUGACGUGGAAGGGUUUGAGGGUGCUGCUGACUUCAGCAUGGACCUAUGGGCGCCUCCCAGUCUGGGAUGGUCUGUGUGUGGUUCAUAA